GGGGUGGGGGGGGUGGGGGGGGGCUUUAUCCGUAUUAGUGUAAUCUUUCCUUCUGUGCCCAACAGGUCCGCUCAUCAUCCUCCACUCAUACAUCCCCGCUUCAUCCUACAGAGGAGGAAAAAGUCACAUCUGCAGCAGCUGGAUUUAAAUCUCGCUGCAUGGUGAAUAAUUGACGAGCUCUCCCUCCUCCCCUCGCUGUGUCUCUUUCCAUCACUGUUUGUGGUGUCUCUCGUCGGCAGACAACGCCUCCGUCAUGUUCCGCCUCCACCUGCCGCCGGACGCCUGCUGACCGCCGUCUACAGGAGAGACAGCUGCUGAGAGCUUUGCAGCCAUGAAGGCGGUGCUGCUGCUGCUGCUGCUGCUGCUGACGGAGGCAUCCUGCAGGUCUCACAGCAGCUGGUGUGAGCUGGGCUGCGACUGUCGAGGAGAUCUGAAGUUCACCAUCUGCUCUCGGGGCCUCUUCACCCAGCUCCCCUCCAGAGUGCCGCCCUACACCGAGCUCCUGGACCUCUCCGACAACCUCAUCUCGGUCAUCCCCGAGCGCUCCUUCGACAAGAACCGUAAGCUGCGGGUGCUGCUGCUGCAGAACAAUAACAUCAGCGUGGUGCAGCACGGGGGGUUCUCCCAGCUGGAGUUCCUGCAAAAGCUGGACCUGAGGUGGAACCGGAUCUCAGUGCUGACUGAGGGGUUCUCCGUCGGGCUCUCCUUCCUGCGGGAGCUGCAGCUUGCACACAACCGACUGAGGCACCUGGACAGCCGCAGCUUCCUGCACCUGGACGCCCUGCAGAGGCUGAACCUGAGCGCCAACAGCAUCAGCUCCAUCCAGGUCAGGGCGUUCGCCCCGAUGAGCAGCUUGCGGCAGCUCCACCUGCAGGACAACCGGCUGACCUCCCUGCGCAGCGGCGUCUUCUCCAUGCUGCGCUCCCUGGAGGUCCUCAACCUGGCCGCGAACCAGAUCAGUGACAUGGAGAUGGGCGUGUUCAAACCGCUCACCAGCAUGUCCCUGCUAAACCUGGCCGACAACAACAUGACGACGGUGUACUUCAAGACGUUCCUCAGCAUCCACACCUACAGCACGCACAUCCUGCUGGAGGAGAACCCGUGGAACUGCGACUGCGACCUGCAGAGAGUUUUCCGGAAGCUGCGCAGCAUCCAGAGGCUCUUCCUGGACGACUACUACAACCUGACGUGCCAGGAGCCGCCGGUGCUCAGAGACUACCGGCUGAUGGACGUGGACUCUGAGCUGUGCCUGGCAGAGACCGUCACCGUGCUCAUCAUCACCUUCACUGUGGUGACCACCGUGCUGGCGGCCAUGCUGAUGGGCGAGAGGAAGAGGAAGAAGAAGAAGAGGAGUACGCAUUGGACGCAGCAGGGGGAGCAUUCAGAAGAGUCAGACUACUGAGUCUGUCUGUUUAAGUUGAUUAAUUUCUGGCAUUCUAGCAAUAUUUACAGGAAUCUUUUGCUCCAGUAAAUAUCUCAGGAAUAUCUGCGUGGAAAGAGAUUUUAAAUAAGAGGUUCAUUGUCUUAUUUCCCAUAUGCCUCACACCAAAAAAAGUCUAAAAAAGCUUUUAAAAAAACACAAAACUAUUGAGGAAACAUCCUGCUGCAACAUUCCCUUUAAAUAUAAUGUAUUUUUUCACAGCUUUAUUAGUGCAAAGGUUUUAUGUUCUCAUCUUAAAAGUUUGAAAUGUAUGUAUCUUAUUUAUAUGUAUGCAUUGUGGUGCAUUUACAUAUGUUUCUCCAAGUUUGGAAAACAUUAAAUGGGGUGUUUAAUGUCACAUUUUAGUGGCAUUCAUAAGAUUGACUCUUUCAACACAACAUUUGUAAUGUUGUUUGAGGUCUUUAGCACCCUCUGCAGGUCAGACUGAUGCAUUGCUUUUACAAUUUCAUGACAUUAGAUUUGACAGUAAUAGCUUUAAAUGCAUUAAAUAUUUAUUAUUACUAUUAUUUAACUUGCUUUAUUAUAACCAUUAUACAACUCUAGGGAUAUAUGCUUCAGUGGUGAAUUUUAUUUAAUUUAUUUUACUCUACUGGAUUUUUUUUGUUAUCUGUGGAGAGUAAUUUUAACGGAAUUACUGGAAUGUUUUUAAUAUGUUUUCAUUAUGGUUGAUGGUUCCCCCUUUAUCAGACAUGCUGGAGCCCCUCAGGCUUCAUCUCAUUGAUGCUUCAAGUGAUAGCAUU